UUGCAUCCUCCUUUUUCCUCGCGAAUUGCUGUACCCAGCGCUCGAAGUUGAUCCUCUGCUACCAUUGAUGGGAGGGGGCUGGUGAUCUUCUGCAUUGUGUGUGGGUGUUUCAUCUAGUAGAACGACGUCGUAUUUUCUGCUCAAUCGUUCAAGCCUGACCGGACCGGGCCGAAUCGCUAGAGAGAGUCGAGUCGUGUUAGUGAACAAACAAUCACCAUACAUGACAUCAAAAACCCGAAUCGGCACGGGCACAGCAUUUUCGCACUUUUCACCGAGUGGGUUGGAAGAAAGAACAUUUUCAUCACGCGCAUAGUGAAAAUUCGACGUAAGUCGGUUCGAGUCGCAAAAUUGGAAAGCUCGUCGUGGCGCGUCCGUGUCGCGGUUUAUACAGACAAGUGAGGGAAACAGUGGAUUUCUAUUUCAUUACAUUGGCAGUGAAAAAGGACGACGAAUCCAGCGGAAUUGGGAUUUGUGAAAGCCAGCUAACAUGACGAAGGAUAUGCCGGAUAAGGGUCAUGAGUUGAACACACUCUCGUUGGUACACCGUGUGUAUUACGCCUGUAAGGAUGGGUUCGCGAAGCUGCUUUUGGCCACGCUGAAGGAUAUCGAAAGUGCAAACGAUCGGAAGGCUAUCGUGGAUCAGGAAUUCUGCGAAGAUGAUCGCCAAGUGUACACCCCGCUGAUCGUGGCAGCGAUGAACGGUCACUACGAUGUAGUUCGCAUACUGCUAACUCAGGUGCGACCGGACCUCGAGAGGGAAGGCUGCGUCAAAUUCGAUGGCCAUCUGAUUGAGGGUGCCUCCGCGCUGUGGGUGGCAGCUGGGGCGGGUCACUUGAACAUUAUUAAACUUCUGGUAGAGCAUGGGUCGGACGUGAAUCAUCACACGAAAAAUCUGUCCACCCCGGUGAGGGCUGCCUGUUUCGAUGGAAGGCUGGACAUUAUCCGGUACCUGAUAGAUCACGGUGCGAAUAUCAACUUUGCCAAUGCGUAUAACAACACCUGCUUGAUGAUCGCCGCAUACAAGGGGCAUGCGGAUGUGGUGGAGUAUCUUUUGGAGAAUGGAGCGCUGCCAAACGAACAAGCCAAUUGUGGAGCCACCGCAUUGCAUUAUGCGGCUGAAUGUGGUCACACUGAUGUUUGUACGGCGCUGUUGAAUUUUGACGCUGUGUUGAAACGGAACGAAUAUGGAAUGACUCCGGUGAUUUGCGCUGGGGAGCGAUCCAGGGAAUCGGUGGUGCUAUUGUUUGUGAACAGACCAAACUUUUUGACACGUGAGGAACGAAUUGACGCCCUUGAACUGCUGGGAGCUUCAUUCGCUAAUGAUAAAGAUAACUACAGUUUGCCGAAGGCGUUUCACUAUCUGGUCUCGGCGAUGGAGUUGAGGUACGAAGACAGCGACAACGUUAUCCGAAAACCAUUACUUCCGCCCAUAGCCGCGUACGAGCAUUGGAUCGAGUGUCAAACGAUGCAGGAUUUACAGGCCAUCCGUUACAAUCACAACUCCCUGCACAUGGAAUCACUCACAAUUAGGGAACGCAUUCUGGGCCGCCAUUGUCCGGAAGUUGCUCUGGCGAUUGUGUUCCGUGGAGCUGUUUGUGCCGAUAAUGGGCGCUUCGAUCGUUGCGAGAGUUUGUGGCUUCAUGCAAUGCAUCUCAAGCAGCAGAACUCUCUCUCCAUCCAACGGGAUUUGCUCCGAUUCGCCCAGCUUUUCUCGCAGAUGAUCUUCAUUAACGUCCCGUUGAGGUUCGCCAACGUGAUCGAUGUGAUGACCGCUUGUAUAGAUGAGUUGGCUCGGAAUCAGGUGAAGCUGGCACACCCGGACCCGAAGGAUGUCCUGGAAGUGAUAGCGGAAGAAUACGAGCUCAACAUUGUGACGGUUUUGUACUUAAUCACCAUCAUCACGAAACUGGUUCGGCUGGAUAACAUUGAAAUUACGGAGGAUAAUCUCAGAGAAGUAUACCGGCUGGUGUAUAAACUUAACCGAAUGUCUGUUCGAUUGAGAGAUGACCAGACUCUGUUGCACUUAUCGGUGAAUGGUGUCACGCCGGUCGAUGAUUUUCACACGGAUGAUAUAUGCAGAUUUCCGUGCUUGGAAACGGUGAAAAUACUUCUGAACUGUGGUGCCUCGGUAGAUGUUGUAGAUGCCGACCGGAAUUCUCCCCUCCACACACUCUGUUCCACUCUACAAACUGCCGUCAUUCGGAUGUCGGAUAGCGACGUGAGAGGAGUGGUGAAGAAUCUAGUCGAAAUUUUCAUCGAUGCCGGUAUUCAUCUCGAUGCGGUCAAUAGCGACGGUCUGAAGGCUUCCCAAGUUUGUGUGCAAAACUCGAUGGGAACGUUCAUCAAAGCCUACGAAACACGUGAGAUCAAUCUGAAAUGUUUAGCCGCUCGCUGUAUAGCGCUGCAUCGUGUGCCUUACAAGGAUCUGAUUCCGCGACAGUUGGAGGGCUUUGUGCAGCUGCACUGCGCUGAGAAGUUCUGAGACGCCAUUGUCCCGACGAGAAAACGUUGUAAGUCUUCCAUUGGGAAACCAGGCAAUCGAGUGUUGAGAAGAUGGUUUGAGAUUCGUAUAAAAAUGCUCAAAGGGUGCUGUCCUAGACGAAGAAAGUAUGGAUUGAGUGAAGAUAUCGAAUGAAAUGUGAGGAAGGAAAUCAAUAUUUAUAUAAAUUUUACAACGUGACUAGAAUUGUGAUUUUAUUUUUUAUUAUUUUCGAGUCCGUCAAGCAAACUUGUCGGAACCUCGCAUGAUAGUUGUUUUUUACUUCUCAUUUCGAUUGAUCGCAUAUAAGUGUCAUCGAACGUGAUAAAACUGAGCCAUAAGAUUAUUUUCUUGCAAUUUUGCUGUAGUAAAAUUAAAAUAGAAAGCGAAACUAGAACA